AGCAGGAUCAGCAGAAAGAGAAACUAAGAAAAAUCGCAAAUUCCAGACCAAGUGCAUCCAGAUAUCUAAGGAAAUUCUUAAUGAGGAACCUAUAAUCGAAUAUCGCCCUCCUUUCUUGAACGGAUUAGAGCUUGAUGCCUUCUUCCAAAAAUAUCGAAUUGCAUUGGAGAUGCAAGGGGCUCAGCAUCGGCUUCAUAGCACUAGCUGGUAUAAGGAUGUUAAAAAACUCGAAGACAUUGUUAAUCGUGAUCGGCAAAAAUGA